AUGGCUGCAACAGCGGCCGUCUAUAAUCGCCUUCAUAGCACCAGCGGGAGCAUAGGUGGACUAAGUGCCAGUAUGGGCAGUAUGGCACAUUCCCAGCUGGCGCGUUCCCUGGAGCGCAUCCUGGAGGAGGCUCACCUAAGCGGGGAACUCAUACUGACGAAUCGAAAGCUAAAAGAUUUCCCAAAAACUGGUACCAAAUAUAAUCUCGCUGAUACGGUAAUGGCAGAUUUAUCGCGCAAUCGCUUUUGUGAGCUACCCGAGGAGAUCACGACAUUCUCAUUUCUGGAAACAUUACUACUCUAUCAUAACACCAUACGCAGUAUACCCGAGUCGGUGAAGCAUUUGACAUCGUUGACGUAUUUGGAUUUACGUAGUAAUCAGUUGGCUGCGUUGCCGCGUGAGAUCUGUUUUCUGCCGCUGCAAGUACUGCUCGUGUCCAAUAAUCGUUUGGCAUCGUUGCCCGAUGAGUUGGGUCGUAUGGACCGGCUGACCGAUUUGGAUGCAUCCUACAAUCAAUUGUCAACGCUGCCGGCGCGCAUUGGUGAGCUACGUUCGUUGCGUUCGUUUUCGCUGCGUAGCAAUCAGUUGAUGUAUUUACCGCGUGAAUUAACUUGUCUAACGCUGGAAUCGUUGGAUGUUAGUAAUAAUCGCAUCGCUAGUCUACCUCUGGAGAUACGCCAAAUGACCGCGUUGGUCGAAUUGAAUUUAGAAAAUAAUCCGCUUACAUCUCCACCUGCUAGUCUGUGUAUACGCGGUCUCGUACAUGUCUUUAAAUUUCUGGAAACUCAAGCUGCCAAAGAUGAGAAGGGUUCACGUGCCGGUGGCAAUUACGAUGGUUACACCACAUUGCGACGUGCGCCACGCUAUGCUGGCAAUGGCAGUGUACUCGAAUCGAAUCGUGUGCCGCGACACAUCGGUAACAGUGGCGGCAGUGGCGGCGGCGGCGGCGCCGAGUCGGGCUAUAGCACCUGUGAUGGCAUUGAUAAGCGUUGGUCACACGAUAUGCCAAAUGUUAAAACCAAAUCGGAUUCACCAGCACGUAAAACCCCCACAACACCGCCGCCCUCGUUGAGUUCCGAAUUGAUGGAUGCGUCAAUAACUUCCAGUUCAAGCACAAUUGUGGAUGAGUCAAUAUCAUUAACUGGCACGAGCGCAGGUGGUGGUGUAGCGUCAAAUGCGAUUGCAGCGGCAAUUGUUAAACCGUUAAAUGCAACGGAAUCGCCGACGAAACGCAGUGGCGAGAUGCAUGUACAAUCAGCGCCUGUUACACCACAACAUCAGGCGGCUCAACAGCAACAGCUGCAACAACAACACCAGCAUAUCAACUAUGCACAUUCGAAUUCGAGUAAUGGCAGUAAUAACGGGAGUAAUGGCUCAUCGCCGGACCAAGAGGAUGCCAUGAUGGAGCAUUAUCAUCACAUCACAGGCGGACAAAAUGGAAAAAACGAUGAUAAAGCUAAUAAAAAUUUGGGGAAUGUACAAACCUAUCGCGAAUACAAGGAGGCGCUGAAGCAACAACGAAAUUUGGAAGUUUCGAGUGUUUACAAAAUUAAAAACAACCAAAAAAUGUUGUACGACAUGAGUGAAGCAUCGAAUGCAUUGAAUUCCAUUGCGGUAAACAUGUCACAUCAUGACGAUAUUAGCGGCAGUGAUAAUGUCAGCGAUAAUGGCUGUAACGACGUCAUACGAAUCGUAAAUGGCGCCAACACUGUGCCACAACCAAAAUCAAUAAUGAAGAAUGGGAGUAAUGGAGGCGGUGGUGUAGUUGCUGGUGUUAUUGGCACCAAUGGUGGCCUAAAUAUGUUCAAUGGCAUGAUGAAUGGUGUUAAUGGUGGUGGUGGUGGUGGUGUUGUCACUGAUGUUGCCAGCGAUUAUUGUGUUGUAAUGCCAAAGAAACCGGUACAAAAAGUCACACCGUCACGAAAUAUCGAAUUAAUGUCGUCGCUGGCGACGUCAAAACAAAUGCAACCGGCUCAAACGGCUGCUGAUGAGAUUGAAAAAAUGUUGCUAUUACAACAACAGCAGCAGUCGCAGCAAGUGGUUAAUGGUGAUUGUAUGGGCUAUGUGAAACCAAAUAGUCCAAUGAAAACGAUAAAUGGCAGUGUUGGUGUUGGCGGCGUUGGCAGCGUCGGCAUAUUAGCGAAUAAUAAUAAAAUUCCUACAAUUGGUGGUCUCAAAUCGCCUGUUAGCGGCACAACGAAAUUGGGCACAGCGAAAACGCAUCGCACUGUCACCUGGAAUCAUGACAUACCUGCGGAGAAACUUAGCUUUACUAUGCGUCGCGAAUUCGAUCGGCAGCGGGAGGAGACCGAACUAAUGACUCAGUUGAGGAGUAUCAUUGAAACACGUCUCAAAAUGACUUUACCCGAGGAUAUAGCAUCUGCUUUAACCGAUGGUGUUAUUCUAUGUCAUUUAGCCAAUUACGUACGACCACGCUCUGUUGCCAGUAUACAUGUGCCGUCACCUGGUGUGUCGAAACUAACAAUGGCACGCUGCCGUCGAAAUGUUGAUAAUUUUUUGGAAGCUUGUCGCAGAAUUGGUGUUGAUGAGGAGUUGAUUUGCUCCUGUGCAGACAUUGUGCCCCCCUCCGGCGACGACGGAUCCCACAACAACGACAGCAACAGCAAUAACAACAAAAAUUCUAUAAAUAACAAUGAACCCCAGCAAAACCAAAAGAAAACUAUGCCAAUAAAUGAAACCAAUGAAAAUUCAGAAAAACUUCCGAAUCCCUCAGCUGUUUUGAAAACAGUAUCAGCACUAAUUGCCUUGGAUUAUAAUCCACAUCAUCAAAAUAUACGAAAUUUGCAACAACAAUAUGAGUUAAAGAUGAAAUUGCAAAAGCAACAGGAGAAAUUAAGGCAACAGCAAGUGGAGAGAGAAGAAGAAAACAGCACAAGCGAACAACAAAAGCAGCAGCAGCAGAAACAAACACAUUUUCGCGACUACCAGAGACGUGGCGGCGUCUUUGAACACGGCUACGAGCACCAACUCACUGCAACCUGCACCAAAGAACAGAUGCUGCAGCCAAGAUUGCAUACGCUUGGCCUAGACAAUUCCACAUUUAAUUUGAGUGCAAAGUGUCAUUUCGAUGUGACUGUGCUAACAAACGGACACGGUGUUGGUGUUAGUGGUGGUGAUAAUAAUGUUGAUGGUGAUGAUGAUGAAAAUGGUGUUGAUGGUGGCGGCAGCGCCGGCGUCGGUGUUGAUGAUGAAGCGAUGGAUGCGAAUGAUUUCGAUGAUAGUGAUGACGUUGAUGAAGGGGUUGGCGCUGAUGUGGAGGAACGAGACGAGUUGGAAGCUGGGGUAAAUGGAGGCACUGGUGGUGGAUACAACAAAACAAAGCAGCAGCAUCAGCAGCAGAAGAAGCAAAAAUCGCAACAAAACAGUAACAAUCACAAUGUUACGGAUUUUUUUCGUCACGCCAAAUUGAAAACAUUUCAAAAAAUUAAAUUCAAUUUACUAUCCUCCGCCGGUGCCACGUCAUGCAUUAACUAUGGACAUGUUAACAAUAAUCAGUGUAUGUUACAAACAAUUGUGGAAACCGAAAGUGAAGUAAUCGGAGGGGGACCGGGUAGCAGCGUGAUGAACACCACCACCAGCAGUGAGGGUGGCGCUUAUCAAUUGAUCAACGAGAAGCCAACAUUCAAUGAGGAGUUAAAAUUGAAGGUGGAAAGUCGUGCCGUGGAUGCAGCGGGCAACAAAUACAAAUUAUACGAUAUAGCUACGUUGAAAAAGAGCCAGGAAGCAAGGCGUGUUGAAGUGGAAGAACCUCUACCGUUAGUCUCCAAGCGUAUAGAAUUCUUCGAACACUCUUCUACCGCCAAAGCGGCGCCAACAAUGUUGAAUAACAAUAUUAAUGCCGGUCAAAGUAGCAGCGUAACAGCGUGUAAUACAAAAGCAAAGUGCUCUCCCAUUGCACCUACAACAAGUAUGCCAACUACGCCGCUAACAAAGUCAAGUAACAACAACAUUUUUAGCAUAUAUCGUGUGGUCGAGCUGAGUGAUAAUAAAUUGGUAAGCAGUAGCGGCGCCAAGCUGGUGAAUGACAGUGCUUUAGCUGCUGCUGUUGUUCCCAAAGCGAAGGAGACCGGCACUUCUUAUCUACUGAAACAUGAUUCGCAUGUGCUUACCAUCAUAUUAUCAUGCGUCUUUAUUGUAACAUUUUUAUUAUUGGUCUUCUUUCCAUUACCCGGAUAGGAGGCGCGCCAUAGGGAAACACUUUAUGCCACAUUGCUUUAUAGAGCUUAAGUGUAGUGUUUUUUGUAUUUUUUUUUUACAAAUACAUAACUGCAUAUAUAUAAGUUUAUCGAAAUGUAUGUAAAGUUUUUGGUGGGAAUUUUUUUUAAUUCCAAAGCCUUAAUUUUUAUUUCGUUGACGACUUUUUUAAGUUGCUAUAAUUUAAAAGUUAAAAAAGCUAAACGUACUAAGGUGCAGUUUCUAAAAGUAUUUUAAAUUUUUAUAUUUAAGCAGCCGUCUCUUGCUU